GCGGAGCAGCAUCCCCGCGCGCUCGCCCACCGCCCGCCCGGCGUAGCUGCCGCGGCCGCUCCAGUCGCCUUCGCCGCCGCCGCCGGCGCGUCGGAUGGAGCCCAGCAUGGCCGGGCCGGGCUCGCCGCGCCGCGCGUCCCGGGGGGCCUCGGCGCUCCUGGCCGCCGCGCUCCUCUACGCCGCGCUGGGGGACGUGGUGCGCUCCGAGCAGCAGAUCCCGCUCUCUGUGGUGAAGCUGUGGGCCUCUGCUUUUGGUGGGGAGAUAAAAUCCAUUGCUGCUAAGUAUUCGGGCUCCCAGCUUCUGCAAAAGAAAUAUAAAGAAUAUGAAAAAGAUGUUGCCAUAGAAGAAAUUGAUGGACUGCAACUAGUGAAAAAACUGGCAAAGAACAUGGAAGAGAUGUUUCACAAGAAGUCUGAGGCGGUGCGGCGUCUUGUGGAGGCUGCAGAAGAGGCACACCUGAAACAUGAAUUUGAUGCAGACUUGCAGUAUGAAUACUUCAAUGCUGUGCUGAUAAACGAAAGGGACAAAGACGGAAAUUUUUUGGAACUGGGGAAGGAAUUCAUCUUAGCCCCAAAUGACCAUUUUAAUAAUUUGCCUGUGAACAUCAGUCUGAGUGAUGUGCAAGUACCAACCAACAUGUACAAUAAAGAUCCUGCAAUCGUCAAUGGGGUUUAUUGGUCUGAAUCCCUAAACAAAGUUUUUGUAGAUAACUUCGAUCGUGACCCAUCACUCAUAUGGCAGUACUUUGGAAGUGCAAAGGGAUUUUUUAGGCAAUACCCAGGGAUUAAAUGGGAACCAGAUGAGAAUGGAGUCAUUGCCUUUGACUGCAGGAACCGAAAAUGGUACAUCCAGGCAGCGACAUCUCCAAAAGACGUGGUCAUUUUAGUUGAUGUCAGUGGUAGCAUGAAAGGACUCCGUCUGACUAUUGCAAAGCAAACAGUCUCCUCUAUUUUGGAUACUCUGGGGGAUGAUGACUUCUUUAACAUAAUUGCGUAUAAUGAAGAACUUCACUAUGUGGAGCCUUGCCUGAAUGGGACAUUGGUGCAAGCUGACCGGACAAACAAGGAGCACUUCAGGGAGCAUCUGGACAAACUUUUUGCUAAAGGAAUUGGAAUGCUGGAUAUAUCUCUGAAUGAGGCCUUCAACAUUCUCAGUGAUUUCAACCACACAGGACAAGGAAGCAUUUGCAGCCAGGCCAUUAUGCUGAUAACUGAUGGAGCAGUGGACACCUAUGACACCAUCUUCGCAAAAUACAACUGGCCUGAUCGAAAGGUUCGCAUCUUCACGUACCUCAUUGGACGAGAGGCUGCUUUUGCAGACAAUCUCAAAUGGAUGGCCUGUGCCAACAAAGGAUUUUUCACCCAGAUCUCCACUUUGGCGGAUGUGCAAGAAAAUGUCAUGGAAUAUCUCCAUGUUCUCAGCCGGCCCAAAGUCAUUGACCAAGAACAUGACGUUGUGUGGACCGAAGCAUACAUCGACAGCACCCUCCCUCAGGCUCAAAAGCUUGCUGAUGAUCAGGGCCUCGUCUUGAUGACCACCGUGGCCAUGCCUGUGUUCAGUAAGCAGAAUGAAACCAGAUCAAAGGGCAUUCUUCUAGGUGUGGUUGGUACCGACGUUCCAGUGAAGGAACUUCUGAAGACCAUUCCCAAAUACAAGUUAGGGAUUCACGGUUAUGCCUUUGCAAUCACAAAUAAUGGAUAUAUCCUGACGCACCCGGAACUCAGGCCGCUGUAUGAAGAAGGAAAAAAGCGCAGGAAACCUAACUACAGUAGCGUUGACCUCUCAGAAGUGGAGUGGGAAGACCGGGAUGAUGUGUUAAGAAACGCCAUGGUGAAUAGAAAGACAGGGAAGUUUUCCAUGGAGGUGAAGAAGACAGUGGACAAAGGGAAACGGGUUUUGGUGAUGACAAAUGACUACUAUUAUACAGACAUCAAGGGUACUCCUUUCAGUUUAGGUGUGGCGCUCUCCAGAGGCCAUGGGAAAUAUUUCUUCCGAGGGAAUGUGACCAUUGAAGAAGGCCUGCAUGACUUAGAGCACCCAGAUGUGUCAUUGGCAGAUGAAUGGUCUUACUGCAACACGGACCUGCAUCCUGAGCACCGCCACCUGUCUCAACUAGAAGCUAUUAAGCUCUACCUCAAGGGUAAAGAGCCUCUACUCCAAUGUGACAAAGAAUUGAUCCAAGAAGUCCUUUUUGAUGCUGUGGUGAGUGCCCCCAUUGAAGCAUAUUGGACCAGCCUAGCCCUCAACAAAUCUGAGAAUUCUGACAAGGGCGUAGAGGUCGCUUUCCUCGGUACUCGCACGGGUCUUUCAAGAAUCAAUCUGUUUGUUGGGGCUGAGCAGCUCACCAACCAGGACUUCCUCAAAGCUGGAGACAAAGAAAACAUUUUUAAUGCAGACCAUUUCCCUCUCUGGUACCGAAGAGCUGCUGAGCAGAUCCCGGGGAGCUUCGUCUACUCAAUCCCUUUCAGCACAGGAACAGUCAACAAAAGCAAUGUGGUAACAGCAAGUACCUCCAUCCAACUCCUGGAUGAACGGAAGUCUCCCGUGGUGGCAGCUGUAGGCAUUCAGAUGAAACUUGAAUUUUUCCAAAGGAAGUUCUGGACCGCCAGCAGACAGUGUGCCUCUCUGGAUGGCAAGUGCUCCAUCAGCUGUGAUGAUGAGACUGUGAACUGUUACCUCAUAGACAAUAAUGGGUUUAUUCUGGUGUCUGAAGACUACAUGCAGACUGGAGACUUUUUUGGUGAGGUGGAAGGAGCGGUGAUGAACAAAUUGUUAACUAUGGGCUCCUUUAAAAGAAUUACCCUUUAUGACUAUCAAGCCAUGUGCAGAGCCAACAAGGAAAGCAGUGACAGUGCCCAUGGACUCCUGGAUCCUUAUAAUGCCUUCCUUUCUGCAGUGAAGUGGAUAAUGACAGAACUUGUCUUGUUCCUGGUGGAAUUUAACCUCUGCAGUUGGUGGCACUCUGAUAUGACAGCUAAAGCCCAGAAACUGAAACAGACCCUGGAGCCUUGUGAUACUGAAUAUCCUGCCUUUGUCUCUGAGCGCACCAUCAAGGAGACCACUGGGAACAUUGCUUGUGAAGACUGCACCAAGUCCUUUGUCAUCCAGCAAAUCCCAAGCAGCAAUCUGUUCAUGGUGGUAGUGGACAGCAGCUGCCUCUGUGAGUCUGUGGCUCCCAUCACCAUGGCACCCAUUGAAAUCAGGUAUAAUGAAUCACUUAAGUGCGAACGUUUAAAGGCUCAGAAGAUCAGAAGGCGUCCGGAAUCAUGUCAUGGCUUCCAUCCUGAGGAGAAUGCAAGGGAGUGUGGGGGUGCACCGACUCUCCAAGCCUCAGUGGCCCUUUUUCUGCUCCCUCUGCUUUUGAUCCUCUUCUCAAGGUGACACUGACUGAGAUAUUCUCUUGGCAUGCUAAAUCAUGGAUAAACUGUGAACCAAAAUAUGGUGCGACAUAGGAGAUAUAAAAUAUAUAGUCCAACCAUCAGCAUCUCAUGAUUUUAAACUGUGCGUGAUAUAAACUCUUAAAGAUAUGUUGACAAAAAAGUUAUCUUUUUACUUUGCUAGUCAUGCCAAUGUGAGUUUGCCACAUGAUAUUCAUUCUCAUCAGACAUGGGACUGCCAGAGGUAGGCAGUGUCCCUUCUGCUUGAAACCCAUGGAAAUCAAUUUAAAACUGUGUACUUUUUAAAUAAAGUAUAUUAAAAUCAUAA